UCAAGCUUUAGUCGAUCUUGAAUAUAGUAGUUCAGUUGGAAUCAUAAUUAAAAUUAAUGAGUAUCAGGCUCUCCAUGACUUUGUGAAUAGUACUCAAAAUAGAGCUCAAGUUAAUAAAGAUAUGCAUAUAGCACCUGAUAGUGACCAAGUAUCA